UUGUGACAUUUGGCAGUCCAUGUGUGCAUUACAGUUGGACCAAUUUGCUUAGUCAUCCUGCCACGUAUCUCAAUCUAUAAUCGCAUUAGGUCUCAGCCUCUGGGAGGGGAAGCGCUCAAGAUCUACGAAGCUGAACUGAAGCGCUCCGACAUCUCUACGAAGCUGCUAGCAAAAUUUUCGAAAAACCCUAAGAUUCCAGACGAUUGGAGAUGAUGAAGGACUACCACUCUUUUCGAUGCCGCACCACGACCGCCAUGUUCAGCGUUCAAUCUUCUUCUCCAUCUUUCGUUUUGUUUAACGCUAAGAGAGUCAGGAGAUGUAUGCCCUUUCUUCUUCUUCGAGACUACAAAGCUAUGCGUUUCAGACGCUCUUCUUCUUCUACAGUUGUACUUGCUCUCUUCCCUCUCACUCAAUUUUCAAUCGGCAGAGCAAACAAAAGGUGGGUGGCUCUUUUCUCAAUUCAUUCUUGAUUUUCUUCAAUUCCUUUUUUUGUUUCUUUCAUAUGGGUAUGGUGAUCAAAUACAUUUUUGUUAAUCUCUUUGGUCAAUCUGCUUUCUUUUUAUUUUUUUUACCUAAUUUGCUGCAUAUAUAGAUCUGCCAAUUUUUCUUCAAUUGACAUUUAGUUGUUUGUUUUCCGACUGCUACGUUUAAGUUAAAUUUGUCACAUAUUUCAUAUUCGUAUUUUUAUAGAUUUUUUCUACAUUACUUUGAUUGUGAAAAUACUGAUGUUGAGCAUGCUCACAAGUUGUUUGCUAAAUUUAAUCAUGUAGUAUAUUUGGUGGAGAAUACCUGCCAUACAAAGUACACAUAGCAGAUAUGGGUUCUCUCAUUCAAUGGGUUUUUCUACUAUGAAGAACUAAUCCAUUUAUUUGAUUCUGGUCUGCCUUUCUUAGCUUUUUUUUAAUAGUUAUGGAAAAGUUUUAAAAUAUAGAGUAAGAAGUUAAAUUUCCAAUGCAACAGAAGGGAGAAAAUAAAAUUUACACACUUUGAGUUCAUCACAUGUGUAUGAGUUUAUCUACAACUCAGUAAAAUGACUCUUCUGUGUGGAAAAGAAGCAUAAUAUAAUCAUGCGUAAGUGUUAGUUCAUUGCAAUGAAAGCUCAAACAUGCAAUAUGAAGCAUAUUGAUCUUAUACAUUAUCAGUUUUGUUAGUGGCAUCAAUAAGUGGACAGGGAGGCAUGUCGUGUACGACUUUGGAAGUUCCCCCCGUUUAUAAUUUCAUGUGAUGCUUUGAUCUUAUGAAAAUUUAUAUUUUUUUUGUUUGGAGUGUGAUUUAUGUCUAUUUUUUAAAUUUUUUCGGGCUAAAGGCCGAAGUUGAACAGUAGGUUUGUCGUCGUGAAACAGUCUGCACUCAAUUUCUUAAGUAUGAGUUCAUAGAUUAAUUUUUUAAUGAAUGAAUUUGAGUUUAGUGUUUUUAAUUUCCUUUUAAAUGGUUGAUAUAAAAUCAUUUACUCUAAUUUUUAUCGGUUGAGUAUUUUGCAGGUCUACAACCUUGCACUACCCACCUUAAUGCUACUGUGAGCACAUCUUUUGGACAACACUUCCUCAGCAUUAAUAGUAUUAGAUAACAUACUUCAAAAUUUACAAAUCAUUUGGAAAAUCCUAAACCCCUCAUUGAUUAAAGGUUGUGUUGCACUCUCAUUCAAGUGUCACAAUGCUAGCCCAUCCAUAAUUCUUUUUUCAUACUCGAGUUCUAUAUUUAGUACUCCCCUUCAUUUCCCCCUAAAUGAAGUAUGUUGUAAUGCAAAAGAACUAUUUUGUAUAGGCCAAUGAAGUUUGUUACUGCGUUGAACAUGACGCUCUUUGGAUGUAGGCUUUAUCUGACCUACCACUGUGAAUGCGGACUUUGGUGGUCUUAAGAAUUUGUUUUGUAUGGACGGCUCAUUAAAGAACAGAAGAAGUGCAUUCAAUAACACCUUUCAUGAUUUAAUGAACUCUUAUUUAUUUGUGGAGCUAGCCACUUCUUUUCCCACCUUCCGGUCCAGCUACAUGAAUAUGUGGGAUCACCUGUUGGUGUUAACUGUUAAGGGACCUGAAACCUUUUUUAGCAUUGUCCCUCUUAAUUUGGAAUUUCAGAAUUCACCAGAGGCCAAUUUGUGGUUUUUUCAUAUCUAAAACAUUGCAUUGUUGGGGCUCAUUUACGGUACUUUACCAAGAUAAUUAUGUCCAUUACUAGAACUACGAAGCAGAGGCAUGCCACGGUAUGACUGUACUAUCAAAUGUCUCAUUUCUACCGUCUUUACCCCCAUUUUUGUUCCCUUUUCUGUUGGCAGGUCAAUUAUUCUGUACUUUUUUAACAAAUAGAGGAACAAGGGAACUCUCCGAGAGGACUACUCAUGGAAUUUGUAUACUCUUUAUGGUAACUAUUGCCAUCAUUUCGCACUUACCCUAUACAAACUACUCACAAUUUCAGGGAUUUGGAGAAGACACUAAGGAGAGUAUUGCAUGAUGAAGACCAUGAUAUUCAUGGUAUAAACCCAGUUUAAAAAUUCCCAUUGAAUAGCACUAAAAUAGUUUAGAGAGUAUCUUUAUUUUCUUUAAAAGAUGUCGAUAUAAGGUAUAUGAUCAUUACCAAAGGUGUUAAAUAGCUAUGACAAUUAACAUUUGUCAAUAGU